UCCUGGAUGACUGACACUACAGAGAGCUUUCUCGCCAUGUUCGAGUUCUCGAGUGACUCGUCCGGAGGAAUCGCCUGUGAUUUCAAAGGAGUCACCAUGCCAGAACAUCACCUAGAAGUCGAAGACUUCCUGAUCCAAGACCAGAGUGGCAAUGAAGAGGACGAGGAAGAGAAUCUGACGAAGCUGCGAAAGGAGAAGCGGAUGCAAUCCAACCGCGAGUCGGCCAAGCGCUCGCGCCUCAAGAAGCAAAUCCAGCUCGAGGAGACAACGCGGCUCCUCGAGCAUCUCCGCCAGCAAAACGGGCUCCUCAGGUACAAGGUAAGCCUGGCUGUGAACGAGUAUCGCGAGUUGAUGCUGCACAACCGUGAGCUGAGAAUGAAUGCCCACAACUUAAGCUACAGGCUCCAGUAUCUCGGCCUCGCUGCCUCUUCUCUCAGCAUCAACACUGCCACUGCUGCCCCUGCUGCUGCUGUUUCUUCUCCUGCUACUGCUUCUACUGCUGCUGCUGCUGCUGCUGCUGCUUCUGCUUGGAUUUCAGAAAGAGAGAUUUCGAGCAGAGAGUGA